AAUGUUUCUAGACAAAAAGUCCAACUUAAGAAAAACAAUGCUUCCAUGGUGAUGCAGUUUGUCCUUCUGGGAUUUUCAGACCUUCCAAACCUCCAGGGGUUACUGUUUGGUUUGUUCUUCAUCAUUUACAUGAUUAUCUUAAUUGGAAAUACCUUUAUUGUCAUAAUAACUAGGCUUGACCCUGGACUACAGAAACCCAUGUAUUUCUUCCUGGCAAACUUUUCCUCACUGGAAAUCUGUUUCAUAUCUGUCACGAUCCCUAGGAUACUGGCAAACCUUUGGACUCAGGAGAGAAGCAUUUCUAUGCUGGAGUGUGCCACUCAAGUGUGCUUCCUACAUAUGCUUGGAACUUCUGAGUGCUUCUUCCUGGCUGUGAUGGCCUACGACCGCUAUGUGGCCAUCUGUAACCCCCUGCACUAUCCUCACGUCAUGAACCACACGACGUGUAUCCAAUUGGCUGUUGGUGCCUGGGUCAUUGGGAUUCCAGUCCAGAUAGGACAAAUAUGCCAAGUGUUCUCCCUCCCUUUCUGUGCUUCUAAGCAAAUCAACCACUUUUUCUGUGACAUCCCCCCACUGUUUAAGUUGGCCUGUGGGGACACAUCUGUUAAUGAGCUCUGUGUCUUUGUAGUUGCUAUUUUGUUUGUCAUGAUCCCUUUUCUGUGGAUACUUGGUUCUUAUAACAAAAUCAUUGCUACCAUCUUAAAGUUACCCUCAGCCAUGGGUCGGUCCAAAGCCUUCUCCACCUGUUCUUGUCAUCUUAUAGUUGUGAUUUUGUUUUUUGGAUCUGUUACUAUCACUUAUUUAAGGCCUAAAUCAAAUAAUUCUGGAGGAAUUGACAAAAUGCUUUCUCUCCUAUACACUGUCGUGACUCCAAUGCUUAACCCUAUGAUAUACAGUCUUAGAAACAAGGAUGUGAUUGCAGCUCUGAAAAGAUUAUUACUAAAUAGAUCAGCUUCAGGAUCUUAA